CUAGUUAAUUAAACCAAGAUUGAUAUUCGCUUAAGCAUAAAAUUUAGAACCUAGUUGAGUUCUAAAGUAUCCGUCUGAAAGAAGAACGAAAAAGAAAGAAAAAUCUCCAACGAUCUCAGAAUUCAGAAACGAUAACAAUCAAUCAAUCAAAUUCCGCUCUCAUUCUUUCUCAAGAUCUCCAUCUCUCUCUGUGAUUUGAUCAAUUCGAUCGUUGCAGUGUGGAGAUGAGGUUCUUCAGGAAGAUUGCAGGAAUUCUAGGGUUUUCCAAGGACGAUUCUCACGAUGUCAAGCAUGAAGAUGACGACGUUGAUUCCGAUAAUCAUGCUCCCGAUCGCGUCCAUAUGCACGGCACUGGUCUUCCUCGGAGAGGCUUCAGCGUCCCAGUCCAAGUCGCAGUUAAUCGCUCUAACCCCGGCCCUAUUCUUCGUCCCUCUACUUCCGGCGAUGGUGGAGUUCAGGGUUUGACAUGGUAUGCAAAGCGUCUUCGAGUUGAUGAAGAUGGAGAUGUAGCUGAACAGUUCCUGGAGGAGGUCAUACCUGAAGUUCAAACCAGUACUACAGACCAUCCAAAGCCAUUUCCACGAUUUCAGAUAAAUAAUAGAAAUAGACCAGCUAAAGUAGAGAACCAAGUUAUAUUGCGGGAAGGUAAACUUCAACAAUGUAUUGAACAUCAAGGUAAAUUGUUAUUGGUAUGAGAAGACAAAAAAACCUGAGAAAUGAUUUGAUCCCUUCAGCCAAUGGUAUUCAGGUUCAAUUUUUUAGUUUAUUUGCACAUGGUGGUCAAUUUAUGAGGAUGAUAUGUCUCAUUUUGAUGAAAAAAAAAAGGAAGAAAAACUUUGCUUACAGUACAAAAGUUUGCAUCAACUGUAUUAAUGGGUUUAGAUUGUACUGCUCUGAUCAUUUGAACAUACGUUGUGAAAGCCCUACAGGUGGAGAUAAAGAGGAAUACAGAAAUGGGCACUAACACACUAACUAUUUGAAUCUGCAACUUCAAGGUGUUGUUUAAUCUCUCUCUCUCCCUCUCUCUAGAGUUCUUCAUUUGUCAUAAGGUUGAAUUUAUAAAGAGUCCUUUAUGUAUUAGUUCUAUGAGUUGAAUGAUUGAUAUUUUUUCAGUAUAGUCAGCUAAGGUGGUGAGGUGUGAAUCAGUGGAUGUGAAAAUAAACUUAAGAUGCUCCAGAAUGUUAUGUUGUGUGUUCAAACAAUUCAAUGUUAAUUAUUUGAUUCCACCUUUAUUUUUAUGGCAUGAUUUUAUUUAUUUAUUUAUUUA